CCCAUGGAAAGCAAGACAAAACUGAACAAAAAAAGAAGAGAACUCACUGGUCGCGAAAUGGCCCAAGCCGCGAGGCUCAAUCUUCGAAUGCAAAAGGAGCUCAAGCUCCUCCUGACCGACCCUCCACCCGGCGCCUCCUUUCCUUUUCUCUCCACCGACUCCGAUUUCUCCUCUUUGUCAACUAUCGACGCCCAGAUUGAAGGGCCCGAAGGGAGUGUAUAUGCUAAGGGGAUUUUCAGCAUUAAGAUUCAAAUACCCGAUAGGUACCCAUUUCAGCCUCCAAGUGUGACCUUUUCCACGCCAAUCUAUCACCCUAAUAUCGAUAACGGAGGUCGGAUUUGCCUUGACAUUCUUAAUCUUCCCCCGAAGGGUGCAUGGCAACCAUCAUUAAACAUUUCAACAGUGCUAACAAGCAUAGGGUUGUUGCUGUGUGAGCCAAAUCCUGAUGAUGGCCUAAUGUGUGAAACUAGCAGAGAAUACAAAUAUAACAGGCUGGUGUUUGACCAAAGAGCUCAAGCCAUGACUGAGAAAUAUGCUAAGCCUGCAGCCAAUAUCGGUAGCUGCAGUACUCAAUGCAGUACUCAAUACAUUCAAAGCGACACAAAUUCAAGCCCAAUGGUGGAAAUUAAAGGACCAGACAAGGAAUCGACUAAUCAAAAUAAGGAUUUCGUUUCUAAUCAUAAGAAACCAAGUGGGAUUGGCGGGAAGCUGUCUCUGGAGUUUGCCACCUCAACUCGUAACAAGGGAAGUGAUGGAGAUGUGAAUAACAAGCGAAAUCAGGACCUCCUGUUUGACUUCAGCAAUCACACAGAAACAAAAGGAGAGUGGGGAGAGUCGAUUGUUAUGCCUGAAGAGUACAAUGUGAAAUAUGAGAAGCCAAGUGGCAUUGGGAGGAAGUUGUCUCUUGAAUCAUCUGUUAGAUUCCCUGAACAUAACACACAGAAUAUAAACCCAAAGCAAUAUCAAUCCUUCUGUAACCCACCAACUGCUCCUAUGACUUCUUUGGAUUUGCUAGGGCUGCACGUUGGCAACUGUAAUAAGCAACGACUCCAUAAGCAGCAUGAUAAGACGUCAACGUUUGGCAACAAAAGCACAAGCUCAGACAAUCUUUGUCAGGUUAGCCAUAAGAUGCUGUCUGGAGCUUUGGAUGCAUACCAAACAAAUGAUGGCAUAAAUGAGGAAAUCCUUGUAACUCCUGAACUAUUGCCUUCUCAGUCCCAUUCCAAUUCAACUCCAGAGGCCUCGCUGGUGGCAUCAUCCUUCAAACAUAAUGAACUGCCUUGUAGGGAUUCUUUUAUUGGGAUUGAUAAUACCACCAUCAAUGCAAGAUGUAAUAAGCCACUGCUGGUUAGUAAGAAGCUUUCUCUGGGAUUUAAAACCUCAUCACAGGGACAAGAAAAGGAUGACGAAGAGAAUAUUGUUCCAAUUCACGAGCUUCCAUUUUCAAAUCCUCAAACUGCAAAGAAGACUGGGAUUAGCCAGAAACUAUCUUUGGGUCCUCUCACUCAAUUGCAGGGGAGCAAUGAGGAUAAUAGCAGGUUGCUUUUGCACUCGCAGAACCUCUUUCCAGAAACUCUCCAGAAGCAGCAGUCUAUCCAACAUCAAAGUAGGAAAAUUGAUAAGGGGAUUGAGUCCAGUGGGGGAGACUCACCAGUUGCCGAAUCAGCAAUUGUGCUGGAUAGUGAAGACAGUGAAGAGGAAAUCAAUGGAUCAUCAAGGUUUGAAUUGUCAUUAGUUAGAAAGUGUAAGAAGAAGAGGAAAAGUUGUGCUUGAUUACCAAGGGGUGUCUAAUAACGUUGUUUCUCAGA